AUGACUUCAUUACUGGGAGUGGUCCUGCUGGCCUUUGCUUUAUUGACCCCCAGCGAGGCCUUUGUUCCCAUCGGGGGUGGGACAUCCACUCAUGUCAGCAUCACUGGAACAGCCAUACUACAAAAAAUUACUGAGACCUGUCGGGAUAUGGCCGAGGAUGCUGGGGAUGAUUUCAACCCUACGGGAACAUCUCCAGAAGAGCUGGUCCAGGCCUGUUUAGGCCCCAAGGCGUCAGGAGAGGUAUCUGGUUCCAAGUUCCACUCCGCUCUUCAAGAGAUCUACACCCAGAAUGGACUGAUAGACCGUGACUUUAUCAACAGUGCUCCACAUCACUUCAACUCGGAGGCCUUCUUGGAGGGACGCAGCCUAAUCACGACGGGCAUGGCGGCCAUCAAAGCCAACAUUCGUAUGGAAAACUUCAAUGCUGCCAGGGAAACACUGGGAAGAAUCCUGCACACACUACAGGACUUCUACAGCCACAGUAACUGGGUGGAACUGGGAUACACAGGGCCUUACGUCAACCUCAUACGCCCAGAUCUUCCUCUGGAAAACCUAGCAGAUGUGAACACUGCCACCUGCAGUAACUGUGACAGCGGAACAUGCCCUAAUCAGAUCCUCCCCAACAUCCUGAAGGAGAAGAAACUCACAUCAGGCUACAUGGGAAUCUUCUCUGCUGCAAAGCCUAAAGGUAAGUGUAGCCAUGGAGGAGCAGCUGAUCUCACUAGCACAACAGUUCCACGAGGAGGUAUCAGUAAAGAUGAGCGUCGCCCGGACAACAUGCAGCUCCAUGAUGCUGCUGUGAAAGCAGCCACAGACGCCACCCUUGAGCUGCUGGAGGACAUCCGCUUUGCUGCAGGAGACGAGGACUUUCUGAGGAUGAUGGGAAUUGCCCGCUCGUCUGUGGUGUGCUUUGUCAUCGACACCACCGGCAGCAUGUCAGACGACAUUGAAGAAGCCAGGUCGGUUGUUUACCAAAUCAUUGACAGUAAGAAAGGAACACAGGACGAACCCUCCGAGUACAUCCUGGUGCCCUUCAAUGAUCCAGGCUUUGGACCUAUGAUCAGGACAACAGAUGCUGAAAAGAUGAAAACAGAAAUCUCAAAGCUUAAAGCAAAUGGUGGUGGUGACACCCCAGAGAUGUGCCUGUCAGGACUUCAGUUGGCUCUCACUGGUGCCCCGUCCUCUUCCCACAUCUAUGUUUUUACUGAUGCUGGACCCAAAGACAUCGCCCUCAAGGGCACUAUUAUUGCUCUCAUUAGGAGCACCAAGUCAACGGUAUCAUUCUUCAUGACCACAGGAAAGGGGAGACGCCGUCGUUCUCUAAGAGCUUCUGACUUUGAUCUCUACAAAGAUUUAGCUUUGGCAUCUGGAGGCCAGGCCAUCCAGGUGACAAAGGCACAGUUGCCUCAAGCCACAGAUGUCAUCCUUGACACCUCCACAUCUGCCCUGGUGACAGUACUUCAGAGAGCAAGAACCCCUGGAAAGGAAGAGACUUUCUCCUUCAUGUUGGAUGAGUCAUUGAAAAACAUCACAGUCUACAUCACAGGAACAUCCAUUACUUUUACACUCACCAACCCUUCUGGAGUGAGCCAGAAACAGAAUGAGGCCAGUGGUAAACUGGGAACCAUUCAGGCAGUGGGCAACCUGUGGAGAAUUCGUCUCAACUCUGACAAUCAGACAGGAAACUGGAACAUCAACAUCAAAUCCAGCCAGCCAUACACAAUCAAAGUCACAGGCCAGAGCACAAUUACUUUCAUCUACGACUUUGUGGAAAGUUUUGGAGGACCUCACCCAGGUUAUGCAACGCUCAGUGGUCGUCCACAAGCAGGCCAGCCCGCCACCCUGAUGCUCUCAGUGAUUGGUAGAAAAGGUCCGACUUCAAUGUCAGUGACAGAUGCUGGGCUGAUACUAGUGUCCGGUCCUGAGGCUGUUACCAACGGCACAAUGACUGACAUGGGCAACGGAAACAUCCUGGUGACGGUGGAUAAGGUCCCUGAGGGGGAGUUUGUGGUCCUUCUGAAGGGAAUGGACAAAGUUUCAAACACUGAAUUUCAGAGGCAGUCAACAACCCAGAUGUCCAUUUCCAAAGUGAAUAUCCAGGCUGUGGUGGGCAGCAGUUUGGCACCAGGUGAGGCCUUCCGGCUCCCCUUCAGCAUAAUGACCCAAGGUGCCGGCGGUACAUACACCAUCUAUGCCAGAAAUGACAGAGACUAUCCCAUGACCUACCCAACCAGUCUCACCUUGUCAACUGGACAAUAUGGUAAUGCUACGUUGAUGAUCACGCCUCUUCCCACCACAGCAUCCGGCACUGAUGUCACUCUGACUAUCGAAGCCAAGUCUCCCAGUGGUGCUGACUCCAACUACAUCAUUCUGAGAUUGUCUGUUGUCACUAAGAUCACAGAUUUUACUGCACCACAAUGUAAAGUGGUUUCUGUCCUGGAGGACUGUCCUCUGGAUGUGUCCCAGUGUCAGCCUUUCCAAUGGCAACUCUCAGCUAACCUGACUGAUGGAAACGGUUCCGGGAUACAGAGCAUUGCCCUGAAUCAGGGCAACGGAACCCUGACACACUCUUCACUGAGUCAACCCAUCGUCCAGGCAAACUACAACGCCUCCUGCUGCUCGCAGAUUGUUGAAUUUGUAGCUGUAGACAAAGUUGGCAAUGUGGGCAAGUGUUAUCAUUCAAUUGUUUACUCAGGUGGUCCUCCGGCCCUGACCCUGUCACUGCCACUGUGGCUCGCCCUGCUGGUUUCCACCUUCAUCGUAAGGCCUUAAAGGCGUUAGGAUUGCUGUCACUGAGUUAUCAGUACUCUGAAUAAAUAGUUUAAAACAAGGUACUUUUGAAUGGGAGGGAAACUGUGACUCAGUGUAUUUUAAAGCAUAUUUGGAACAAAAGUUUGGUUGCCUGCACAUCUUUGGUAGAGAAGAGCCGUUAAAAAGCACAACAAUACUUCCCAAUUCUUCUAGAGGAAGAAACAGAAGACUGAACAUAAUCUUCUUUUCAUAUUUUAAGAUUUUUAUGAUGGGAAAUUAUGCAUGCAUAUUCUUUCACAUUUUACCUUUUGUAAUGAAAAUGUUAGCCAAAGACAUCUUUUUCCUUUUACAUACUUUGUUUUACA